GCCGUUUUCCCGACACACCAGAGGCAGACGCUCAGCGUCACCCACAGGUUUCCCGGAGGACUCUUAACGCCAGGAAUCCCACCCUCCAGUGUUUGGAUGCUUGACGAAGAUUCUUUGAAGUCUGCUUUUGGAAUCACAGAGCAUGGAUCCCAGCAGUGACUACCAUUUCCUCAACCACAUUUUGUGGAGAAGAGUGAAACUCACCUUGGUUUCUGGAAUCUUCGAGGGCGUGCUCCAGCAUGUGGAUCCUAACAAGAUUGUUGUCCUAAAAAAUGUGAAGAACGUAGAGACAGGCCGGAGUGUCCCAGGAGUGAAAAUGUUUUUUGGGCAUGAGAUUUUGAAUGUGGAACUAAUGGAUGAAGCAGAACAAGGUGCAUCGGGAGAAAAGGCAUCUUCUGUUAGCAUAAAUACAGAAAGAGCUGCACUGGAGAAAAUGAAAGACGAAGACCUAACUGUAUGUGAACCUGCUUCAUCUGCACCAGAGGCACCCACCAGCUCUUUACUCAGUGACCUCAAAUACUGCCCAUCGGAGGAAGAGGAGGUGACAUACACAGUCAUUGGUCAGUUCCAGCAGAAGUUUGGCGCUGCGGUAAGUACUGUCAGUCAUUUACAGUGUGGUCUUUUCUAUAGAUACCGUGUCUGUGUCUUACAAGUUGAUUUUAAGACCUUUGAUGUUUUCCCUAUUAACAGUAUUUUGGGACUAACUUUGUGCUCUUCAGUUUCCCACAGUCAGAUCACGCGCCUGUACAGCCGGUUCACCAGCCUGGACAAAGGGGAGAAUGGGACUCUCAGCCGGGAAGAUUUCCAGAGGAUUCCAGAACUUGCCAUCAACCCCCUGGGGGACCGGAUCAUCAAUGCCUUCUUUUCAGAAGGAGAGGACCAGGUAAACUUCCGAGGAUUCAUGAGAACUUUGGCUCAUUUCCGACCCAUUGAGGAUAACGAAAAGAGCAAAGAUGUGAAUGGACCUGAACCACUCAACAGCCGAAGCAACAAACUGCACUUUGCUUUCAGACUCUAUGAUUUGGAUAAAGAUGACAAGAUCUCCCGAGAUGAGCUGUUACAGGUACUACGAAUGAUGGUUGGAGUGAAUAUCUCGGAUGAGCAGCUGGGCAGCAUCGCAGACAGGACCAUCCAGGGCGAUCAGGACGGGGAUAGUGCCAUAUCCUUUACAGAAUUUGUUAAGGUUUUGGAGAAGGUGGAUGUAGAACAGAAAAUGAGCAUCCGGUUUCUUCACUAAAGGACAGGGACCAAAUUAUUCUUGCUUUCUAGUAUUUAAGAACUGGAACUUCCUUCUGUCCUCCAACCCCACCCUGUCCCAUCAUCCCCCUUUCCCAGAAUACUACUGCUCUUGCAUGACAACCUGAAGUCUUUCUUGUCCACACAGACUUGCCUUUGGUGUAUAAACAGGGCGUUACAGAAUGGUACCCUCAGUCUUUUUCUGUUCAGUAUGCACCCACCAGGUCUCUA